UCACCGUGCUUGCUUUUUCACUGGUUUAAAAGUUUCACAGAUUUAAGAUUACAGCCAUAUCGCUUAGUCGCACAAAGUAUUUAUUAAAAGAGGUAAUAUUUGAUGCAUUAACAUUUCCCCAAGUCGAACACGUUUUGUGUUUAGUUCAGUUGAAACAGGCGAAACAACUCGAGUCUCAAAGCGGUCAUUUGAGUAAGCUAGUUCCUCUAGCUGCAGUAUUUCAGCCUACAGCUCUAGAGAGCGCUGACGUGUAGAGAUAACUGUCAGUGCAUAUGGAGAUGAGCUGUCAAACCACAAGGUAACGAUAACUUCUUUAUUGUGAAACUGUCUGAGUUCCUCAUCCAUGAAGUCGCCCAACAUGGCAGUGCAAGGUGUUUUCCACUGGAUGCAAGCCUGCGUGGUCCUGCAGCUCUGCUUAUCUCAAAUCCUGCCUGCUUGUGCCUCGGAGGCAAGCAGAAAUUACUACAAUGUUCUCAGAGUUGAGCCCACAGCAAGUGACAGCGAGAUAAAGAAGGCUUUCCGCAAGCUGGCAGUGCAAUACCACCCUGAUAAGAACAAGAGCAUCGAUGCAGAGAAGACUUUCAGAGAGAUUGCUGAAGCCUACAAGGUGCUUUCCACCAAGGAGAAGAGGUGGCUGUAUGACAAUGUGGGCCAUGAAGCUGACCUAAAUGAUGAGGAGACCUCCUAUAACCCUGAGGGCGGACAUGAGUCAAGCUUCAGUUUUGCAGACUUCUUUCAUGACUUUGAUGAGAGUUCCUUUGCAGAGGAGCAGGUCUUCCACUGGAGUUUCAGUCAGGAUGUGGAGGACGAUGAUGGCAGUCCCUAUGAACAUUACAGUUUCGAGGAGCCUGACUUCAGCUUUUAUUUUGGUGAUGGGGAAUGAAUUUGAAGAACAGCACCACUACCAGCUACCAGCUGCCGUGCAUCGUUGUCCUGUAUACAGAAAGCCUGUUAUGGUUUAAUGCAUUGUCUUUUGUUGAUCAUAAUAAAGUUUUCAUUUGAAAUGGUUAA